UCCCCACCUGGCAGGCCAGAGUGAGCGCUGGGACUAUGCAGGGGACCUGGAUGGUGCUGUUGGCACUGGUAUUGGCCACCUGUGGGGAGCUUGGCCUGGCCUUGCAGUGCUAUACCUGUCAGGAUCCUGUGAGCGUGUCCAACUGUGUCGCCAUCACCACCUGCCGAAUCAAUGAAACCAUGUGCAAGACCACGCUCUACUCCCGGGAGAUUGUGUUCCCUUUCUUGGGGGACUCCACGGUGACCAAGUCCUGCGCCAGCAAGUGUGAGCCCUCAGACGUGGAUGGCAUUGGGCUAACCCGGCCAGUGUCCUGCUGCAAUUCUGAUUUAUGCAACGUGGAUGGGGCCCCCACCCUGGGCAGUCCUGGUGGCCUGGUCCUUGCCCUGGUCCUGAUCUUUCUCUUGGAAUGCCUGCUGUAAAGCCAUGGCCAUCUUGCUCUGCCCCCUUAUCCCCGACAGCCCAGUUCCCUGACGCCUUGAAGAAGUACAAUGGUCACUUGCA